UUCGGGCAGCUCUCCCGACUCCUUAGAUUACUAUGGACUCGGCGGUGUCCUGACCCGCGGGGAACAGGGAAGCAGACCUCGGGAGGGAGGAGUGGGCUCGGCAGACUCCUACGUCUAAGCCUGCUGGAGAGUCUCUGUCACUUGGGGUCCUGGGCUGGGGUCCGGUCCAGCCCAAGGCGGCAGGAAGGCCCUUCAGGCGGCGCUGCGGGCAGCCCCACAGCCGGGGCCUAGUGCAGCCGCCUCGGCCGCUGUCAGGGAAGCGUUCGCGGCCAAUGGAAUCCGGUAACGGCCGCUGCUGCUGAGGCGGCGGUGUCGGCAGUCCGACCCCGACCGCCUGCACCCCUCCGCGAGGGUCCCCCGGAGCUUGGAAGCUCAAAGUCUGGCUGUAGCCAUGGGAGACAUGGUAGUGGAGCCUGCCACCCUGAAGCCAACUUCUGAGCCCACUCCGAGCCCACUAGGGAAUAACGGAGGCUCCUUGCUAAGUGUCAUCACAGAGGGGAUUGGGGAACUCUCAGUGAUUGACCCUGAGGUAGCCCAGAAGGCCUGCCAGGAGGUUCUAGAGAAAGUCAAGCUUUUGCAUGGAGGUGUAGCCAUCUCUAACAGAGGCACCCCGCUGGAAUUGGUCAAUGGGGAUGGUGUGGACAAUGAGAUCCGUUGCCUAGAUGAUCCCCCUGCCCAAAUCAGGGAGGAAGAAGAUGAGGUGGAGGCCACUGUGGCCUCAGGCACAGCCAAAGGAGCAAGAAGGCGACGACAGAACAACUCAGCCAAACAGUCUUGGCUCCUGAGACUGUUUGAGUCAAAACUAUUUGACAUCUCUAUGGCCAUUUCAUACUUGUAUAACUCCAAGGAGCCUGGGGUGCAAGCCUACAUUGGCAACCGGCUCUUCUGCUUUCGCAAUGAGGACGUGGACUUCUACUUGCCCCAGUUGCUUAAUAUGUAUAUCCACAUGGAUGAGGAUGUGGGUGAUGCCAUUAAACCCUACAUAGUCCACCGUUGCCGCCAGAGCAUUAACUUUUCCCUCCAGUGUGCCCUGUUGCUUGGGGCCUACUCUUCAGACAUGCACAUUUCCACCCAACGACACUCUCGAGGGACCAAGUUGCGGAAGCUGAUCCUCUCAGAUGAGCUAAAGCCAGCUCACCGAAAGAGGGAACUGCCAUCUUUGAGCCCAGCCCCCGACACAGGGCUGUCUCCCUCCAAAAGGACUCACCAGCGCUCUAAGUCAGAUGCUACAGCCAGCAUAAGUCUCAGCAACAACCUGAAACGUACAGCCAGCAACCCAAAAGUGGAGAAUGAGGAUGAGGAGCUCUCCUCCAGCACCGAGAGUUUUGAUAAUUCAUUCACUUCCCCUGUCCGACUGGCCCCUGAGCGAGAAUUCAUCAAGUCCCUGAUGGCAAUUGGCAAACGGCUGGCCACACUCCCCACCAAAGAGCAGAAAACACAGAGGCUGAUCUCAGAGCUCUCCCUGCUCAACCAUAAGCUCCCUGCCCGAGUCUGGCUGCCCACUGCUGGCUUUGACCACCAUGUGGUCCGCGUGCCCCACACACAGGCUGUUGUCCUCAAUUCCAAGGACAAGGCUCCCUACCUGAUCUAUGUGGAAGUUCUUGAAUGUGAAAACUUCGACACUACUAGUGUCCCUGCCCGGAUUCCUGAGAACCGAAUUCGGAGCACACGGUCGGUAGAGAACCUGCCUGAAUGUGGUAUCACCCAUGAGCAGCGGGCUGGCAGCUUCAGCACUGUACCCAAUUAUGACAAUGAUGAUGAAGCCUGGUCGGUGGAUGACAUAGGCGAGCUGCAGGUGGAGCUCCCUGAAGUGCACACCAACAGCUGUGACAACAUCUCUCAGUUCUCCGUGGACAGCAUCACCAGCCAGGAGAGCAAGGAGCCUGUGUUCAUUGCAGCAGGGGACAUCCGACGGCGCCUUUCAGAACAGCUGGCUCACACCCCCACAGCCUUCAAACGAGACCCUGAAGACCCUUCUGCAGUUGCCCUCAAAGAGCCCUGGCAGGAGAAAGUGCGGAGGAUCAGAGAAGGCUCCCCCUAUGGCCAUCUCCCCAAUUGGCGGCUCCUGUCAGUCAUCGUCAAGUGUGGAGAUGACCUUCGUCAGGAACUGCUGGCUUUCCAGGUGUUAAAGCAACUACAGUCCAUUUGGGAGCAGGAGCGAGUACCUCUUUGGAUCAAGCCAUACAAGAUUCUUGUGAUUUCAGCUGACAGUGGCAUGAUUGAACCAGUAGUCAAUGCUGUGUCCAUCCACCAGGUGAAGAAACAGUCACAGCUGUCCUUGCUCGAUUACUUCCUGCAGGAACAUGGCAGUUAUACCACCGAGGCAUUCCUUAGUGCCCAGCGCAAUUUUGUGCAAAGUUGUGCUGGCUACUGCUUGGUCUGCUACCUGUUGCAAGUCAAGGACAGGCACAACGGAAACAUCCUUCUGGACGCAGACGGUCACAUCAUCCACAUUGACUUUGGCUUCAUUCUGUCCAGCUCACCCCGAAACCUAGGCUUCGAGACCUCAGCCUUUAAGCUGACCACAGAGUUUGUGGAUGUAAUGGGUGGCCUGAACGGUGACAUGUUCAACUACUACAAGAUGCUGAUGCUGCAAGGGCUGAUUGCUGCUCGGAAACACAUGGAUAAAGUGGUGCAGAUUGUGGAGAUCAUGCAGCAAGGUUCUCAGCUUCCUUGCUUCCAUGGCUCCAGCACCAUUCGAAACCUCAAAGAGAGGUUCCACAUGAGCAUGACUGAGGAGCAGCUGCAGCUGCUGGUGGAGCAGAUGGUGGACGGCAGCAUGCGGUCCAUCACCACUAAACUCUACGAUGGCUUCCAGUACCUCACCAAUGGCAUCAUGUGACACCCUUCUCAGACUUAGGAGUGGUGGGAUUGAGGGCACUCUCCCUGGGAGGACCCUUGCCUAAGAAACCACAAACCACAAACCCCUGCCUACCUAACCAUCUACCCAAGGGAAAUGGAAGGCAAGAAAUACAAAGGAUCAUGUGGUAACCAUGAGCGCUUGCCAGAGGGUAGGAGAGCCAGCCAUGGGGUCCAGGCUUGCUGGGGCUUCCCCACCUCCUGCUGUGUCAAUAUUACCUGACAGACUCCAGGACUCACUGCCCUCCAGAGAUCAGAGGUGAUGAAUGUGAGGAGCACGAGGGCUUCUUCCCCACACUGGGGUCUGAGAGGUUCUUUCCACAGACCAUCCUUUAUCUUUGGGUCCCAGCAAAAGUGGGGAAGAGUGGGUUCUUGGUACUUAGGAUUUGAGCCUAUGUUUGGCCCUUGGCCCUGCUGCUGCCCAACUAUUCCCUCCCAGGAACUGACCCCUAGCCCACCUUCCCUGACAGGUGGGCUCUGCCAUAGGGUCCUAUACUUGCUGAGGUUCCCCAUCACAGGAACAAGGAAAGAAAUUACAAUCCCUCCAGUGUUUUGAGGGUAUUGGCCUAACCAUGGGAAAUUCCUUAUCCUGAUCCCUUCCUCACACCCAGAGAAAUAGCUCUCAAUUUUUUAACUUUUGUUUAAAAGAGUCCUUAGUUAGCCAUUUGUGUCUUAUCUGAGUUGCUGGGGGACAGGAGGGCGGGAUAGGAGCUGAAUCCAACAUACAAAAAGUACCACACACAAGAGAUGUAGGGAGACUGCUUUUUCCAUCUGUCUUGGUCAUUGCCACCUCUUUCCUGAGAAGGGCUUUCCCAGUUCUGACUCACCCAGUUAAUACACAUUGUCAAAAAAAAAAAAAAGCCUGAAUGGGGAUUAAACCACAAGCAAAUUUUAAUGGUCUGUUUUUUCUCCCUCUUGUUUUUCCCACUGUUAUUACUACAAGAAUAAAGGAUUCCUGA